UACUGCUCGACUGCACCAACACCGUACACCGUUCUACGUUACACACCCGCCCCGUUCUGAGAUUUAUGCGAUUGAUUAGUCAACUGGAAGUCUGGUACGUAACUAGGAAAAACAUCGAAGCAGGCCUCUUCAAAGUGCCUGCUCAGAGACUCAAGGAUAUCCUGUCCUGUGUCAGGUAUGUCAGGGGGAAUCUCUGCUACCAUAGCCACCAGCAGGCUGCGAGCCGAGGGAAUGGGCUCCAACGACCACGCUGUCCCCUUCCUUAACCAGGACUAUGAGGCUCUGCGGCAGGAGUGUCUGGAGACGGGGUGUCUGUUCGAGGACCCCUCCUUCCUAGCCGAGCCUCCCUCUCUGGGCUUCAAGGAACUGGCCCCCUACUCCGCCAAGACCAGGGACGUGGAAUGGAUGAGACCCACGGAGCUGACAGAUGACCCUCAGUUCAUCCUGGGAGGAGCUACCAGAACAGACAUCUGCCAGGGAGCGCUAGGUGAUUGCUGGCUCCUAGCAGCCAUAGCCUCUCUAACCCUCAAUGAGAGGCUGCUCCACCGAGUGGUCCCUCAUGGUCAGUCCUUCCAAGAGGACUACGCUGGGAUCUUCCACUUUCAGUUCUGGCAGUUUGGUGAGUGGGUGGACGUGGUGAUUGAUGACCGGCUGCCAACGAAGGAUGGAGAGCUGCUGUUCGUCCACUCCGCCGAGGGCAAUGAGUUCUGGAGCGCCCUGCUGGAGAAGGCCUACGCCAAGCUGAAUGGUUCCUACGAGGCUCUGUCUGGAGGCAGCACCACAGAAGGGUUUGAGGACUUCACCGGUGGUGUGUCUGAGAUGUACGAGCUCCGGAAGGCUCCACGGGACCUGUACAGGAUCAUCAGCAAAGCCCUGGACAGAGGCUCCUUGCUGGGCUGCUCCAUCGACAUAACCAGUGCCUUUGACAUGGAGUCUGUCACGUUCAAGAAGCUGGUGAAAGGACAUGCCUACUCAGUCACCGGCCUCAAGCAGGUGGACUACCAGGGUCAGGUGGAGAGGCUGAUCAGGGUGAGGAACCCCUGGGGACAGGUGGAGUGGACUGGGGCCUGGAGCGACAAUUCUCCAGAGUGGGAUGAGUUGGACCCAACUGAGAGAGAGGACCUGCAUCUACAGAUGGAGGACGGAGAGUUCUGGAUGUCAUUCCAGGAGUUCCUGAGGCAGUUUUCCCGUCUGGAGAUCUGUAAUCUGACGGCGGACGCUCUGAGUGAAGACGGCCUCAGCCACUGGAACACCGUCAAGUUCCACGGCAUGUGGAGACGGGGGAGUACCGCCGGGGGCUGCCGUAACCACCCCAACACGUUCUGGAUCAACCCCCAGUAUAAGAUCACCCUGCUGGAGGAAGAUGAUGACCCUGAGGAUGAUGAGGUGGCCUGCAGCUUCCUGGUGGCUCUGAUGCAGAAGGAUAGGAGGAGGUACCGGGGCCAGGGACAGGACAUGCACACCAUCGGGUUCGCCAUCUACGAGAUUCCAGAAGAGUACAGGGGCUGUCAGAACGUGCACCUAAAGAAAGACUUCUUCCUGACCCACUCAUCCUGCGCUCGCUCUGAGACCUUUAUCAACCUGAGAGAGGUCAGCAACCGUCUCCGUCUGCCUCCAGGAGAAUACCUCAUCGUCCCCUCCACCUUCGAGUCUGGCCAAGAGGCCGACUUCGUCCUCCGAGUCUUCACUGAGAAACAGUCCGAGACAGAAGAGCUAGAUGAUAUGAUAUCUGCAGACCUGGAAGAUGAGGGCCCCAUCACUGAAGAUGACAUCGACGACUCUUUCAAAUCCAUGUUUGCGCAGCUGGCAGGAGAGGACAUGGAGAUAUCUGUCCGUGAGCUCAGGACCAUCCUGAACAGGGUGGUGACUAGACACAAAGACCUGAAGACAGACGGUUUCAGUAUGGAGUCCUGUAGGACCAUGGUCAACCUCAUGGAUAAAGAUGGCAGUGCCCGUUUAGGCCUGAUAGAGUUCCAGCUCCUCUGGAAUAAGAUCAGGAAGUGGCUGGUCAUCUAUAGAGAAUAUGACAUGGACAAGUCCGGGUCCAUGAGCUCCUAUGAGAUGCGACUUGCUGUGGAGUCUGCAGGUUUUAAACUGAACAACAGACUGAAUCAGGUCCUAGUGGCUCGCUAUGCUGAGAACGAGGCCAUAGACUUCGACAACUUCGUCUGCUGUCUGGUCAAACUGGAAGCCAUGUUUAGAUCUUUCCAGCAACUGGACAAAGAGGAAGAAGGAGUGGUUGAGAUGAACAUCACUGAGUGGCUGUAUAUGACCAUGUGUGGUUGAAGAGGACCAGUCUUAUCCCAGGAGACAGAACAGCCGAGUGCCUCUUCCCUGGGACCAUGAAGAGCUCCUAGCCUUAGUGUCCUCUGCCUGAUCUGAACUAUAGGGCUGACCUGUACUGUACUGACCCCAUUGUCCUUUCCAGCACUGUUCUGGCUACUAUGGUGAAAACAAACCAGUUCCGUUUGGCCCUAUAGUGUGAAUCAGUUACUCCAGCCAACUACAGUACAGGAUGCCCCCCUCACCCACUCCACCAACUACAGGAUGGCCCCCUCACCCACUCCACCAACUACAGGAUGGCCCCCUUUCCCACUCCACCAACUACAGGAUGGCCCCCUCACCCACUCCACCAACUACAGGAUGGCCCCCUUUCCCACUCCACCAACUACAGGAUGGCCCCCUCACCCACUCCACCAACUACAGGAUGGCCCCCUCACCCACUCCACCAACUACAGUACAGGAUGGCCCCCUCACCCACUCUACCAACUACAGGAUGCCCCCCUCACCCACUACAGGAUGCCCCCCUCACCAACUACAGGAUGCCCCCCUCACCCACUACAGGAUGCCCCCCUCACCAACUACAGGAUGCCCCUCUCACCCACUCCAACCUCAGCCAACUAUAGUACAGGAUGCCCCCUCACCCACUCCACCUCAGCCAACUACAGGAUGCCCCCCUCACCCACUCCAACCUCAGCCAGCCAACUAUAGUACAGGAUGCCCCCCUCACCCACUCCACCUCAGCCAACUACAGGAUGCCCCCUCACCCACUCCAACCUCAGCCAGCCAACUACAGUACAGGAUGCCCCCCUCACCAACUACAGGAUGCCCCCUCACCCACUCCAACCUCAGCCAGCUAACUACAGUACAGGAUGCCCCCUCACCAACUACAGGAUGCCCCCCUCACCCACUCCAACCUCAGCCAGCUAACUACAGUACAGGAUGGCCCCCUCACCCACUCCACCUCAGCUAACCCCAUAUAGCAGUGAGGGUACUAUUAGCCAUGUCAUGCAGAGUGACACCAAGCUAAAGACCACACACCCCAUGCUACGGGGUUACUUAGCUAUACAAAAUGUUGGAAUUGUUUGGUAGAAAACAGUCACUGUAGAACUAUAGAUCUGUCUGUAAGCAGCAUGGGUCAUAGCAUGAAGCAUCAGUAUGGUUGUAUGUUUGCAUUUACAAUUUUUUUAAAUCCCAUUAGUUGAACUUAAAAAAGGCAUCAGGUCUGUUUUUUUUCUUUUGAUGAUUCUUGCAUGUGAACUGUUUCAUAAAGAACCUGCUUCUUUGACCCACCGUGUGGUUAGUGGGGUAUCAUGGGAUAUAUUUUACAGAGGAGAUGGAGACUUGGUGAGUUAGACGGAUACGACUAUCAACAACGUUGUCAUAGAUCCAUUCUUUGGUUUUUAUUUUGUGAGAAAGUCAGGAAGUCUCUUGGUUAUUGCAAUGUUUUGGUAAAUACAAAGUAAAAGUCUUAUUCCCACAAAUGUUAUUUUAAACCAUGGUCCUUUGUAGCUCAAACACAAGGUUAGUGGGUUCGAUUCCCGGGCACACCCUUACGUAAAAUGUAUGCACGCAUGACUAAGUAAUUUUGGAUAAAAGCGUCUGCUAAAUGGCUUUAUAAUAUGACCAAAUCUGAUGAUAUUUGAUGACAUUAUUGAACUAUGCGCAGGUGGCUUUAUUGCGGACAUUAUUUGACUAUGCCCAGUAGGGGGCGGUAUUGAAUAGUCUCAGAACUGGUGUGUGGUUAACGUGUUACUACUGCAGUUGUAGAAUGUUACUGUAUAUGAGGAAAUACAGUAUUUUAGUUAUUGAACUGAACAGCAAAAGUAUAACUGAUCUGGCUGAAAGUAUAGCAAAUAAUAGUUUUAUGGGUUUAAAUAUUUCAUAUUGGAUAUUAUUUUAGACACUUACCAAGUGGAUUGGAUGACAAUGGAGAUUAAAGGGAUGGUUCAUCUCAUUUUGAUUUUGGGGUAUAAUUAAUCUUACCUUGAGUUGUCCAAAUGGAUGAAUUAUCACUAAAGCCAAAGGAAGCUGUGAGAGAAAGGGUUCAACAUAAUAAUGAAAUCAAGGAAUGUCUACUGUACUAACAAGCUGUCUCUCCCUAUAGUUUUUUGAUUUCAUAACAUAUUUCAAAGUAGUAGAUAAGAGAUCACUUGAUUUAUCUCUAUGAUUUCUGAUUGCGUCUAAUAUCUACAUAUUCCUGUUAGAAAAGUGUUGAUUGUGUCAAUCCUGUCUGCAAAAGCUAAGUGAUUCUGAAUGUAAGGUGUGCCUUCAAUAAAAACGUGUUCACGUUAACUCCUGUGAGUGAA